UUUACUAAUAUGUAUUCUACAGGCACAGAACACUCAUUGAAUGGACGCGUACGAGUUGAUAGAUUUUGUUUAUAAAUCGUUUACUUUGUGAAAAAUAUAAACAUCAAAGAAGUGAUAUGAUGGAUUAUUCACAAGGACGUUGAAAAAUACGCUUCCGAGAAAUAGGUAGCAUACAGUUCAACACUUGAGAUAACAAAUUUCAAUCCUAGAAAGAUUGAAAAUAAACAGUGAUUAUAUUGUACAAAGGACAGUCAUCAAUAUCUGCAGUGCUCUAUUUAUAGAUGAGUCAAAGUCUAGAGGAAAGUCCUGUAUCGGACAACAAAAUGGACAUAUCGGAAACAACAACGUCUCAGGAUUCGCCUCCUGGUUACUCACCAGAAGCUGACGACUGCAAUGAGGGCUACAAGCAGAGCCAUCGCGGUAGUGACAUCACCAUCGCUCCUACUGCAUUGAGCGCAAAUGAUAACUGCUGCGGUAGUAGCACGACAUAUGAGCAGCAAGAAAUACUGACCAAAUACCUUGACAAUCGCAAUGAUGACCCGAUAAAUGUGGAUAUGCUAUGUUCAAAAACAGGGAACCGCACUACCAACAGUGGCCUAACUCCGGUCAGUAGUCACCCGUUGAUGUUGAUGUCACCAACGGGCAGCGAAUCCGAUUCAUCCGAGUUGAUAAACGCCAAUAAGAACCAAAAUGGGCUUCGAAAUUAUUACCAGUUUCCCGAUGUAGUUCCGGUCAGUGAACAACCGCCGCUGCGUUUGGCGAGUCCGUAUCCAAACAGAACCGAAACAGCUACUCGGACCGGUACAACAUCGAAGACGACCACUGCGACGAGGUCGACUACGUCUACCCUCGAUGUGAUAAACAAUAUAGAUAACGCAAAUACUGUGAAAAAGACUUCCUUACUUCAAGAUGCAAGUCCGGACUUCCUAAGCAGUGGAUCAGAACAGGAUUUGUCGCAGUUUCAGGCCUCGGUUACACCAACCUUCCAAUCGGUUGCACUAGUGCAAUCACAAUCCAACUCUCAACUGCAGCAAGUGUUUCAACACAAAUCAAUAUCACCGAGAUUACAUAAACGACGAAAAGGACCCCUGUCUACCGAUUUGCUGGUGGAUGACAUGAGUUCGUUCGAGGAAACGAUCUCCAAUCACAGUGUAGAUGAUUUACAGCAAAAUCUUGUCUCUUUAAGUCCUUCGUCGUCGAUUUUGGACGACAAUGGCUUCAACGUGGAUAUCGACGAAGACUUUCUGGACGUGCCAGGAACUCCGAAGACUCCAGGGGGCAGCAGUGCGCCGCUUCCGCAGUAUUCAGCUCGCGCAGAGGCACGUGAUAUCAGAAGUUGGCAGAAGAUUACCCUACCUGAUGGGAAAACACGUGAGAUAGAUAUGAAGGUUAUUGAACCGUUUAAACGGGUGUUAUCCCACGGGGGAUAUCUGCAGUCUGGAGGGCACAAUGCUAUAGUGGUGUUCAGCGCUUGUCACCUACCUGAUCGUUCUCGGGCGGAUUACCAUUAUGUGAUGAACAAUUUAUUCUUGUAUGUAGUAAAAACACUGGAGCAGUUGGUAACCGAAGACUACGUGUUGGUUUACUUGCAUGGCGGAUCUAGCAGAGGCAAUGUCCCACCGUUUCCUUGGUUAAAAAAGUGUUAUCAGUUGUUGGAUAGACGCUUAAGGAAGAGUUUGAAAAAUCUAUACAUGGUGCACCCCACCUUCUGGCUGAAAUCUGUAGUAUGGAUGGCUAGACCGUUCAUCAGUUCUAAGUUUUGGCGGAAGCUAGUGUACGUGAAAACACUAGAGGAGCUGUACCAGCUGGUGCCUGUUGAAAGAGCUGCCGUUCCCGACAAAGUGAAGAACUACGAUUCGCGCCAUUCCUAACUUGCAAAGUAUCAGUUCCAGCAGUUUUCCAUGGCUAAGAGUAGCCAUCACAGGCAGCAUCGAUACCUUCAGUGUCAUCGAAGUUUGACUACGGCUAGAUUCAGCUGACACCGACAGUAUUGUACAUGAAGGGAAGAUCUCGGUUAAAUAGUUAAAUAUUCUAUACCUAUAUUAUCGCACGGACCUAGUCAAAAUAAGACUGUGGUAUAGUAUUUGAGUCACAGGAGAAAUAAUAUCAUCAUCGUUAGGGAAUAAACUGAUAGGGUUACUGUUUGUGUGUUUAAGAUCAUGUUCCUAUAUCAAUCAAAAACUGGAUUGAAUCGCGAAAUGUUUCUUUUUCUCAGACAUGAGUAUGCAUGGAAACAAAAAUAAACGGAAAUAUCUAGUUGCGCACAGAUGCACAAUCGUGCCCGAUUGAUAUAGGGGCGUGUCAUUACAACGGAACAGAUAUCCUAUAUAAGCAAUUUAUAAGCAAUGAUUUCAUCGACGGGACUUAGUAGAACAAUAGAUAUAUACAUAGUAAGUAAUCGAAUAGAUGUACUGCGAUCAUAAAUGCAUUUCAUGUUGUGGGGAUACGCCGGUAAAUGAUAUUAGAUCAGACUUGAGACACUAGACAUAUAUAGAAGUGUAGUUUUGGCAACCAUUUUGAAUAAAAUUUGAUUGAAAUUGCUCUUAAGUUGUAAAGAGACACUUUUUAGGGUCGUAGUUCAUGUAUUGCGGGUGUUUAAGUUACGACGGAAUAACUCCAGUCUCAAUAAAUGAAGAACAUGCGCGUAUACGCGGAAUGCAGACGAGUUUGUGAUUCAUAAGUAGGGUAAACCAUAUAUUUUGAACAUGCCAGAAACGCUUCGGCCGGUAAAAGUAAGUUGAUAAGAUAAACAUCAGAAGUAUGACCAUUGCAACAAUUUAACUCAACUGGUAAAUUGAAAUCCUGAUGAAUAACAAUAAUCUCUUUAAUAAAUCAACUGUUCUAAUACUCUACCAAACACAUAUAUGCAAGAGAGAAUAAAUUAUAUGACUAAGCACAAAUUA